CUCUCGCAGAUCGGUUCACACACAUCAAAAUGGAGGAGAUAGAGCACAGAUCACUGAGCAUAAACGGGCUCACCAUGCACGUGGCGGAAGCGGGCCGCGGCCCGAUAAUCCUCUUCCUCCACGGCUUCCCGGAAUGCUGGUACACGUGGCGCCACCAGAUGGUCUUCUUCGCCAGCCGCGGCUACCGCGCCGUCGCGCCGGAUCUCCGCGGAUUCGCCGACACCACCGGCGCGCCGGCCAGCGAUCCGUCGAAAUUCACCACGCUGCACGUGGCCGGCGAUUUGGUCGCGCUCAUCGACGCGGUGGCGGCGGCGCCGGCGGACGACGGCGGGAAGGUAUUCGUGGUGGGGCACGACUGGGGGGCGGUGAUGGCCUGGGCGUUGUGCCUGUACCGGCCCGAUAAGGUGAAGGCUCUGGUGAAUUUGAGCGUGCCGUUCAGCCGCAGAAACCCUAAUCGGAAACCCAUCGAAACGCUGCGUUCCGUGUACGGAAAUGAGUACUAUAUAUGCAGAUUUCAGGAACCAGGAAAAAUCGAACAAGAAUUUUCACAAAUAGGUACAAAAAACGUGCUGAAAAAUUUCCUAACGUACCGAAACCCGGGCCCACUCCACCUUCCGAAGAGUAAAGCAUUUUCCGACACCGAAACUUCUCUACCGCCGUGGUUGUCCGACGAAGAUGUUAAUUACUAUGCUAGCAAAUACGACGCCACCGGCUUCACCGGAGCUUUAAAUUACUAUCGUGCCCUUGACAUAAAUUGGGAGCUGACAGGGGCAUGGAGUAGGGGUGAGAUAAAAGUAGCAGUGAAAUUCAUGGUGGGAGAUUUAGACCUAACAUACAAUUCACCAGGUACAAAAGAAUACAUACACAAUGGUGGAUUCAAGAAAGAUGUGCCUUUGUUGAAGGAAGUAGUUGUAAUGAAAGAUGUGGCUCAUUUUAUCCACCAAGAGAAACCUGAUGAAGUUAAUGCCAAUAUUCUUUCCUUCUUCAAUAAUUAUUCUUCUUCCUAUUAUUGUUCAGCAUUGUGAUUUUAUAUAAUUAUAUAUACAUAUGUACUAUAUAAUGUAAUAAUUAGUAGUGUGGUAAUUUUUCAGGUGAUGUUUUAUGUGUUUGAACCUAGUAUAUUUGAGGUGAAGUCUUUUUAUGGAUCUUUGUCACUCGUUUGCUUGUA